AUGAAAGAAGGAGGCGAGAGGAAGAACAUUUUGGCCAAGACGCUCAAAAAGUGCCGGUCUCUGGGCCACCGGAGGCAGCCGGCAGCCUCCUGCGCUGGCCGCGGCAGCGCCCCGCAGUCGCCGUCGCCGCGCGCGGCCGAUCACGUGCCGGCGGGGUGCUUCGCCGUGCUGGUGGGGCCGGAGAAGGAGCGGUUCGCCGUGCGCGCCAGGUGCGCCAACCACCCCCUCUUCCGAGCACUGCUGGACGAGGCCGAGACGGAGUACGGCUUCGCCGGCUGCGACGGCCCGCUCGAGCUGCCCUGCGCCGUCGACGACUUCAUGGAGGUCAUGUGGGAGAUGGAGCAGGGGGACGGCGCCGCGCCGCCCAGCUGCACUAUCUUCGCCGGCAGGGGCUACCACAACCAGCAGAAGCACGGCUACCACAUGAUGAGCCCGGGCACGUUCCUGGUCGCCGGCCGCUCGUGA